AUGUAUUCACCUUUUUCUCAUGUGGAUGGGGCUAGGAACUGGACAGAAGGUGACCUUAGUUUAGAGAAGGCUUCCACUCUCGUGGGCUCAAUAGUGUACCUGUGCAUUCUGAUGGUAGUUGGAAUGGUAGGCAACAUCUUCGUCUUGCUGAUAUUUUACUUUAGAUUCACUCCAUCAACUGAUAGAUGUUUCAUAAUAACUCUUGCCAUCUAUGACUUUUUCGCAUGUGCGGUCGGUGCACCAUGGGAAAUCGCGGAGUCAUUCUUCGCAUUUAAUUACCAAGACGUCAUCACCUGUAAAAUAUUCAGAUUCAUACUGUACUAUACAUGUAUAGCAUCAAGUUUGACGUUAGUUCUUAUUGCAAUAGAACGCAGCAGAAAGAUAUGUACGCCAUUAAAGUCGCAGCUCAGUGUUCCAAUGGCAAAAAGGGCGAUAUGUGUUGUGGUGUUAGUAAUUUCCACCAUCUCCGCCAGCCCAGCAUUGGUGCUCUAUGGAAAUAAAACUAUUCCGACAGGAUAUAAAAACGUCACUGGCACAAAGUGCUUUGUUACCGAUCAUUUUAGUGAAACAUUCUGGCCAAAAGUGUUCAACAUCUAUCUGCUUGCUCUUGCAUUUUUGUCAACGGCCAUUAUGGCAGUAUGUUAUAUUCGAAUAGCAAGAACCGUAUCCAGAAUGGGUAUGGAUAGGAUAUCAAAGCGGAUGAAGGCAUACGAAAUGCCCAAUGCAAAGUCUGUAGAUUCGGUUGCACGAAGCGAAGACGACGUAAACGAUUCCGACUCGACAUAUCAGCAGAAUUUUAACUUCUCCAGUACGAAACAAAACCACCAGACGCCACGAAGUGAAUCGAGUGUUAUGCCAAGUGACAACGUUAGAGUCGCGAUGAGUACUAGUGCGACGCCAACAAGAAGUAAAUUUCGUGACAGAUCCUUAAAGCGGGUCGGAAAACUUUUACGACGUUUGUCGUCAAAAUCUGGACGGAAGACAUUACGUGUGACUAAAAUGUUAACGUUUGUUACUGUCGCAUUCGUUGUCAGUUAUUUACCUCACCUUAGCCUGCAGCUGUGGAGCAUGUUUAACUCAAAGGAAAUAGAACAUACCUUACCAACAGACAACUUCUACCAAGUUUUGUUUUAUUCUUUUCUAAUAAACAAUCUUGUAACUCCUUUUAUCUAUGCUACCAUGGAUUUGAAAUUCAAAAACGAGCUGAAAAAGCUUUUGGCAUGUGGUUUCAAUAUUGGUACAAAGAAAAAUACUGUUUUAUAUGAAAUUUAA